AUGCGUGUGCCCCUGAAGAAAACGACUGCUCGGAGAAGAAGUGGCUCAUCCCUUGAAAACUUGACCGGCGAUUAUCAAAGAGUGGUUUACUUACCGGAGUAUGAGAACGUCCCUUAUGUCUAUCCUCCGGAAUACGAGAUUCGCCCUGAAUAUGUCUACUACCCAGGAUACGGGUACAUCCGUGCUAAUGUCCUCGUACCGGAAUACUGGAACACUCCUUAUAACGGCUACAAACCGGAAUACGGAAACAACCUCAAUAAUGAUUUCCACACGAAAAACGGGAACAGCCUUCAUGACUCAAGUGAAAUACUUCACAACUAUAAGGAUAUGCAGUACUAUGGUCCCAUCCAAAUUGGCCAUCCUCCUCAGACCUUCAGAGUGGUAUUCGACACUGGCUCAUCCAAUUUAUGGGUUCCGUGCGCAAACUGCUUGGAUACCGUUGAAUUUUGUCAGAGCCACAAAAAAUACAACUGCGAAGAAUCCUCCACUUGCACAGAGGAGCAACUAGAAUACCUGCCCCUUAUUUACGGAAAAGGCCAAGCCUCCGGCUUUGUCUACAACGAUACCGUUUGCUUCGAUACGGAGCCAAAGCAUUGCUUCCGCCAAGAAUUUGUUUGUGCACAGCUUGUGCGCGGUCUGGAUGGCACUAGACCCGACGGCACUCUUGGUAUGGCGUGGCCUUCAAUAUCUCAGGGUCGCAUUACGACACCUCUGGAACACAUUUUUGCUAACAAGACGGCGUGCCCAGAAGCUGUCUUCGCUUUUUGGCUCAACCGCAAUUCCUUAGAACAUGCCGAAGGUGGAGAAAUGACCCUAUGUGGAACAGACCCUUCCCGCUACCAGGGUAACAUCACAUGGGUGCCGCUAAUAAGUGAAAAUUAUUGGACAGUCCAGCUGGAAGGAAUAUCCGUCGGAGCAGAAUCAGGCGAUACUUUACAUAUCCCAGGGAAUUUCUCAGCAGUGGUUGAUAGUGGUACCUCACUAAUCUUUGGACCUUCCAAAUACAUCCAGCAGAUUAUAAAUCAUGUCGGUGUGGGACCCGAAGGAACUGACUGCAGUGAAGUUUCCUACUAUCCAACAAUCACCUUCACACUUGAUGGCCAUAAACUGGUCCUCGAAGGGAAGCAAUACUUCUAUGAGUACUUCGGUUUCUGCUAUCCCGCAUUCCAGGAGAUCCCAAGCAACAGCGGUAUAGAUGAUAAUAGUUGGACUCUUGGCGAUGCCUUCAUGGGCAACUUCUACACUAUCUUUGACUACGAAAACAAGAUGGUUGGGUUUGCCAAACCAGUACAGAGUUUGUCAUCGAUCUGGUGA